AUGUGCCCAUAUUUAUAUAAUCAAAAACUCAAAUUUAAUUUGAAAACAAUUGGAAUUUUGGAUAUACUUUUUCAUAAAAAACCUUAUUAUUUUUUUAUAUGAUUUAAUCAUAUAUUUUAUACAUAUCUGCUCUAUUCUUAUAUUAUAAUGGACCACUUUCAUGAUAUAUUAGGGGAGGAUAAUAACCAUUCCAAACCUUCAAGUAAAAUUGAUGUUUCCUCAUUUAUUUCGGCUCGAAAUGAUGAAAUACAAUCUUUAUUAAACGAAAUAAAUGUUCCAAAAAAAAGUAAUGUCAUGGUGUUUCAACGUUUACCAAAAAAAAUGCGACGUAGAGUAAUGAGCACCACAGUUAAAAGAAUGCCAAAAGAAUUAAGAUCAGCUCAUAAAAAAUCUAUUGAUAAACAAAUAAAUAAACAUACUAGAAGACGAAAAGAUUAUAGAAAAAAACCAAAAAAUCGAAGAUUAGAUUUUAUUCGACGUCAAAAAAAUGGUCGUUGGUUAGAAACUCAUGUAUGGUUUGCCAAACGUUUUCAUAUGAUUGUUAAAGAUGGAUAUAAAUUACCUAAAUGUUCACAUGAUAAAACUUAUCGUGCUUGUUUUAGAGCCAUAGGAGAUCAUUGUUUAGCUCAAGAUUUAUCUUAUAUGAACUGUAUAGAAUUGAGUGGACCUGUACAAAUAAUAAUAAAUGGAUUAAUGCACCAUGUUCAUCAAGAUUGUGGUCAUACUUUCAAAGCUAAAUGCUACCUUAGUGGCACCAGAGAAGGCUCAAUAUUUAUGUACAAAAAAAAUUCUUAUCCAUAUGAAGCAGUUGGUAGAGUAACAUUUAUUUGGGAUACCAACAUUUUACAAGAAAGUAGAUCUUUAUGGAUUUGGACUGAUCCUUCAAUUUAUAAACAAUUAGCAGAUGAACUACAAAUAACAUUUAAUUUAAAACAAGACAUAGAUUUUAAUGAAUUAAAACCACCUUUCAUAAAAAAAGUAAAACUUACUGAACCUAGUAAAAUUCCAUUUACAACUAUGCCUUUUUUACAAACUCCAUUUUUUAUCAAUGGAAAUUUAAAAAUGACUUUAUUAAAAGAUACUUUAAAUAGAAUUCGAUUAACUGGCCCUUUAUCGAAUAGUGUAUUGAGUUGCUUAUUAUAUCCUGCUUCUAUUUUUAAUUCAAAAAAUAAUGAAGAAGAAUGGUGGACUACACAUAAAACAAGUUUCAAAAAUUCAGUUAAUAUACAAAAAGAUCUAUGGAAAACAUUCAGUGGUGCAGAUAGACCAGAAUCAUAUCCUUCUAAUUGCGUUAUUGGAAUGAAUACAAUUGAUCCAAGACUUGUUUUUCCAGAAAAAAGAAAAAAGGCUAUGCCUACAUCAAAAGAUUUUUUGCUCCCAGAUGACUGUAGCAUAAAUCUCCCUCCAGAAGCAAGCGUCUCUAAAAUUUGGAAUUCUCAAGUUAGAAACCAAACUACUGCUAACAAAUUACCAAAUAAUAAAUUGAAUGAAAUACGUAGUAAAUAUAUUGUAACAAACAAUGAUAAAAUAACUUUAGAAGAACAUACUAUAUCUGUUAUUCCUAUACUUUUAAUACAACGACCAGGGCGAUGUUUAGCAGAUUCCCGGCCAGGGUAUGGUAGUGGUUGGGAUGUUAUAAUUCCAUCUGGAUGGGCAAUGCCUUUCUGGUUAGGAUUAAUCAUGAAUGGUUGUCAGCCUGGUGGUUUAAGAGAAACAAAUACAAUGAUUUUAGAACAAUGUUUACAUCAGUCAGAAGAUCCUGACACAAAUACUGGAAAGUUAAAAGCAUUACAAAGGAAGCAAACGGCAAUGGAAAAAUAUUUUAAAUUACCUCCUCAAAUGAGAAUAAACCAUGUUAAACUAGGUUUCAAAACUCCCUUUCAUUGUGCCUGGGAUUAUCUCAGUAAAGAAUGGAAAUUCAGUACCAAUGAUCUGUUUGUAUUGCGUAAUAAAAAACAAAUUCUUAGCUUGAAAAAAUGUACACCACAGUUAAAUAAAAAUUUUGAUAUUGACUACGUAAAAAAUAUUUUAUUAGAUGUAGAAAAUAGUUUAAUACAUGUUAGACUAAAAUUACCAUUUAAAGGAGUUAUAAAGCCAAAUUCCCAUUUGUGUCUACCUACUCCAGAUGACAUUGAUCACAUAGGAGUUUAUACUUUUAAAGGUCCUGUUGAAAAGCUUCAUAAGGAUUUGAAUGAAAAAAAACGAAAAGCUUAUCGAUUAGAACAUAAAAAAUUAUUGAGAUCAUUACGUAGAAAACGAGUAUUGGAAAAAAAAAAAAGAACUGUCAUGCUGAACAGAUAUAAACGGAAAAUAUCUCCAACUUCACAGAUUGUAAAGGAGUACUUAAAUGAAAUGAAAAAACUGUGGAUUCCAGAAGAACAACAUCAAUUAAAAAAUAGUUGUGAUCGAACAAUAUUAGGUUUUAUAAGCAAUAGUCACUAUAGUUUUACAGAAUCUCAUUUUGUUGGAAUGGGCUACAUACCUAGCCUUGCAUUACUUGAGCUUUUUAACUUCUGGGCUCAAUCAAAAUGUAAAUUACCAUAUAUUCUAGUAAGACACCCUUGUACUCGUCAAUAUCGAAUUGCUUUGUUGAGUUUAGAAAAUUAGUAAAUCUUUCUAUUAUAUUUUGUACUAUAAAUAUAUUACUGUUCAUAUAGUACUAAGGUAAUAACUUUUAUACAUAAUAGUUCCAACUGUAAAUUAUUUUUUAAUUUUUACCUUAACAUCAUUGUUAUUAUUGUUAUGAUUAUAAUAUUAAAAUUUAUAAAAGUUCAUUAAA